CAUUCUUCAUUCACACAAAUCACAUACAACACAUCUCUAGCCUUACCACUUAGCAACAAGAACACAAGAAAAACAGAACAAACAAGUUGGCAAUUUUCAAUCUUAUAUAGAAAAAGAUGGAACAAAAUUUGCCAGUGGUUGCAAAGAAGUUUUGGAAGAUAGUACGAGUAGCUUUGUGCAUGUUGAGAAAAGGCGUAUCAAAGCAAAAGCUAAUGCUUGAUAUCAAAUUAAUGAUGAAACGUAGCAAGAUUAGUAGCUACAAAUCUGCUGUCCAAAAUCUCAUGUUCCACUUCAACCUCAUCCAUAACCGCCGCUCGCAGAACGACAGUAAUUUACCAUUCUCUCCUCGAGAGGAUGAAUACGAGUUUAGCUGCAGUAGCACCCCGAAUUUGAACAAGCACACCGAAGAGGAUGUUACUAUGAUGAAUGCUGCUGUAAUGAAAGCAUUGGAGAUGAUUAAGGCUGAAACAGCGUCAAAAAAGGAAGUUGAAUGCACAAAGCAUUCUGCGCCAGCAGAGUCUGAGGAAUGGCAGCAACCCAAGGGGUGUAAUGUAGAUAGGCUGCCCUCGUCGUCUAAUAAUUAUUUGCAAGAGAUGAUUAAGGCUGAAACGGAGUCAAAAAGUGCAGUCCAGUGCACAAAGCAAUAUCCCGUGUUAGCCUUGUCUGAGGAAGGGCCACGCCCCAAGAGGUGUGAAGCAGACAGCCUACGCUCGUCGCCUGAUAAUUAUUUGCGUGGGUUCGGGAAGCAGCUGAGGGUUACUGAUUCGCCUUUUCCGGUAAGAGAUGAGGUGGAAACAUUGGAAAACCAUGUGGAUGAGGCAGCUGAUGAGUUUAUCUCAAAGUUCUACAGAAAUUUGAGGCGUCAAUCUUCGCUUUCUACUGCUUAAUGUACAUGAAUAUGCAUGUAUUUUUUUUCAAGUUUGCAAAGCAAUCCUAUUAGAACUCUUGCUUUUGCGUGUUGUAUCCUGUACUAUAAACAAGAAAAAGUUAAUAGUACUACAAAACUUUUGAAGCU